AUGUCGACGUCAGAGAUCGCUCAACUGUUAGAAAACACCAUUCUCAGCGCGGACCAGAAUGUACGUCUGUCCAGUGAAACCCAAUUGAAGACGUUGUCGAACGAGAAUUUCCUACAAUACGCUGGUCUUCUGUCUCAAGUGCUUACCGAUGAAAAUAGCAGGCUAGAGGCCCGUAUUUUAGCAGCGUUGACUUUAAAGAAUGAAUUGAUUUCAAAGGACACAAUAAGAAACCAGCAGUACGCGCAACGUUGGGUUACUCAAAUCGAUGGCGACUCUAAGCUUCUGAUAAAGAAUAACACGCUUAUCGGGCUGGUUGCGCCAGAACCGCGUGUUGCCAAUGCAGCUGCGCAGCUGCUUGCUGCAAUUGCCGAUAUUGAACUGCCCAGAAGCGAAUGGCAAGAUUUGAUGAAAAUAAUGGUGGAUAACACGAAUCCUUCCCAGCCAGAAAACGUGAAGAGGGCUUCUCUCUUGGCUCUUGGCUAUAUAUGUGAGAGUGCAGACCCUCAAUCGCAAGCGCUAACGUCUGCUUCGAACAAUAUCCUGAUUGCGAUUGUACAGGGUGCUCAGUCUUCUGAACCAUCGAAAGCGGUAAGACUAGCCGCGUUGAAUGCCCUUGCUGACUCGUUGGUGUUCAUCAAGAAUAACAUGGAACGUGAAGGUGAGAGGAACUACUUGAUGCAAGUUGUCUGUGAAUCCACUCAAGCACCAGAUGUCGAUAUCCAGGCUGCAGCCUUUGGUUGUUUGUGUAAGAUCAUGUCGCUGUACUAUUCUUUCAUGAAACCGUACAUGGAACAGGCAUUAUACGCACUAACGAUAUCUACGAUGGAGUCACCAGACGAUAAAGUGGCCUCCAUGACGGUGGAGUUUUGGUCGACCAUUUGCGAGGAGGAAAUCGACAUCAGUUACGAGUUGACGCAAUUCCCUCAAUCGCCUUUACAAAGUUACAACUUCGCUCUUUCCUCUUUGAAGGAAGUUGUCCCAAACGUGCUGAAAUUGCUUACAAGACAGAACGAUGAUUUUGAAGACGAUGAUUGGAACGUGUCUAUGUCUGCGGCUGUGUGUCUUCAACUGUUUGCUCAAAACUGUGGUAACGCCAUCUUGGAACCAGUUCUGGAAUUUGUUGAACAAAAUAUUACCAGUGAUAACUGGAGAGACAGAGAAGGUGCAGUGAUGGCUUUCGGCUCUAUAGUGGAUGGCCCAAACAAGGUCCAAUCUACCUUUUACAUACAUCAGGCUUUACCUGCAAUCUUGAAUUUGAUGAACGAUUCAUCGCUACAGGUUAAGGAUACUGCUGCAUGGUGUAUUGGGAGGAUAGCAGACAUAGUCGCUGAAGCAAUCAGCCCACAAGAUCAUCUUCCUGGUGUUGUCCAGGCUUGUCUAACUGGGUUGAAGGACCAUCCAAAGAUAGCCACGAACUGCGCCUGGACUAUCAUCAAUCUGAUAGAACAGUUGGCCGAAGAGACACCCUCUCCAAUUUACAACUACUAUCCUAUAAUUGUGGAUGGGCUGAUUACGGCUGCGAAUAGAACAGAUAACGAAUACAACGCUCGCGCUUCUGCGUUUUCCGCUCUAGCCACGGUCGUAGAGUGUUCUACUAACGAAGUUGCUGAGAUCUCUGCGUCCAUUUCUAGUUUUGUAAUGGACAAGCUAGGACAAACCAUGAGUGUGGACGAGAGCCAGCUUACGAUGGAGGCCAUACAGAGUUUACAAGAAUUGCAAUCCAAUAUCCUUACUGUUCUAGCAGCCGUUAUCAGGAAAAGCCCCGGCAGUGUGGAUGGUGUUUCUGACAUGUUGAUGGAGUUGUUCAUAAAACUGUUGGACAAGAAGGAUUCUGCGUUCAUCGAAGACGAUGUUUUCUUCGCUGUCUCAUCGAUCUCGUUCUCGCUAGGUUCCAAGUUUGAGAAGUAUUUGGAAGCCUUCUCCCCGUACUUAGUUAAGGCUUUGAAUCAAGUGGAUUCCCCCGUGGCCGUUACCGCUGUGGGAUUUGUCGCUGACAUUGCAAACUCCCUUGGCGAGGAUUUCAAGAAGUAUGCUGGUGCGUUCAUGAGCGUCCUUGGCCAAAUGAUCAUAAAUCCAAACUCCAGGAAGGAGUUGAAACCGGCGGUGUUGAGUGUCUUUGGUGACAUCGCCUCCAACAUCGGUCCUGAUUUUGUCGUCUACUUGGACGAAGUGAUGAACCUGUGUAUUGCUGCCCAGAAUUCCAAGCCGGAGAAUGGAACGCUGGACGCUAUUGACUACAACAUCAAAGUUCUCGAGUCUGUCCUCGACGCCUACGUUGGUAUCGUUGCUGGUCUUCACGACGUGCCAGACACUCUGUUCAGCUACGUUGGCACCGUGUUCCAGUUCAUCGCGCAGAUUGCGAACGACCCACAACUGUACAGCGAGGACUCUACGUCAAGAGCAGCCGUGGGCAUCAUUGGUGACAUCGCAUCCAUGUUCCCAGACGGUCGCAUCAAGCAGUUUUACGGUCAAGACACGAUCUCCGAGUUCAUCAAAAGAACGAGAAGUAAUCCAACGUUCUCCCAAACGACAAAGGACACCGCAAGAUGGGCUCGUGAACAGCAAAAACACCAGCUUAUGCUGUGA